CGCUGCGCCUCCUCCUCCUCCUCAGGCUGGUCGCGGGGCGCUGGGGCCCAGCCUGCGCGGGGGGCGCGCCUGGAGAAGCGAUGAUCUUGACACUGGAGUUCUUUGUUGCGGAGCGCACUGCGGAAGGAGCCCCGAGGGAAAUCACAGGGAGGUGACUUCGACAUUUAGAGAAAGUCCUGUGCUGAGCAUGCCCCGGUCAUAACCAGAGGAAAGGACUGAUGCUCAGGGCCCCACGAACCUGGGUUCGGGGGACUCCGGGGCGUCAUCUUCACCUGGACAAGUGGUUGGUCGGCUUCCGUUGCAGCACUGGGGUUACCUGAGUCCUCUCCAGAAUUAGGUAGUGAAAUGCCAGGAUUGGCUGAACCAUCCUUGGUGGCAAAACAUGAAGACAGUUUGUUUAAGGAUUUGUUUCAAGACUACGAAAGAUGGGUUCGUCCUGUGGAACACCUGAAUGACAAAAUAAAAAUAAAGUUUGGCCUUGCACUGUCUCAGCUAGUGGAUGUGGAUGAGAAAAAUCAGUUAAUGACAACGAACGUCUGGUUGAAGCAGGAGUGGACGGACGUGAAACUGAGAUGGCGCCCUGGUGACUACGGAGGAAUAAAAGUGAUACGCGUCCCUUCCGACUCCCUCUGGACCCCAGACAUCGUUUUGUUUGAUAAUGCCGAUGGCCGUUUUGAAGGGACCAGCACGAAAGCGGUGGUCAGGUACGAUGGCACGGUCACCUGGAUGCCCCCCGCGAACUACAAGAGUUCCUGUACCAUAGAUGUCACGUUUUUCCCAUUUGACGUCCAAAACUGCUCCAUGAAGUUUGGUUCCUGGACUUACGAUGGAUCACAGGUCGAUAUCAUCUUGGAGGACCAAGACGUGGACAAGAGAGACUUUUUCGACAACGGAGAAUGGGAGAUUGUCAGCGCCACCGGGAGCAGAGGGAACAGGACGGACAGCACCUGCUGGUACCCGUACGUCACGUACUCGUUUGUGAUCAAGCGUCUGCCUCUCUUCUACACCUUGUUCCUCAUCAUACCCUGCAUCGGGCUCUCGUUUUUAACGGUGCUCGUCUUCUACCUCCCCUCCAACGAGGGCGAGAAGAUCUGCCUCUGCACGUCAGUCCUGGUCUCUCUGACUGUCUUCCUGCUGGUGAUCGAGGAGAUCAUACCCUCGUCGUCCAAAGUGAUCCCCCUGAUCGGAGAGUACCUGGUGUUCACCAUGAUUUUCGUGACUCUGUCCAUCAUGGUAACCGUCUUCGCCAUCAACAUCCACCACCGUUCCUCCUCGACGCACGAUGCCAUGGCACCCUGGGUGCGCAAGAUCUUUCUCCACAAGCUCCCCAAGGUGCUCUGCAUGAGAAGCCACACAGACAGGUACUUCGCCCAGGCGGGGACCGGGGGCGUGGGGAGCCCGGGGGCUCCGAGAAACACGUUGGAAGCCGCGCUCGAUUCGAUCCGCUACAUCACCAGGCACGUCAGGAAGGAGAACGACGUCCGUGAGGUCGUUGAAGAUUGGAAAUUCAUAGCACAGGUGCUUGAUCGGAUGUUUCUGUGGACUUUUCUUCUGGUUUCAGUGGUUGGAUCUCUUGGGCUUUUCGUCCCUGUUAUUUAUAAGUGGGCAAACAUCGUAGUCCCGGUUCACAUUGGAGAUGCAAAUAAGUGAUGCUUCCCAAGGGGCCGUAGUUACCAAAGGCAUACGUAGCUGUGGACACUAUAAAGUUAGAAAAUGUAAAUUGUGCCUAAAAUUGGAUGGCAGCCUUAGCAGAGUAACAGUUGCUAACAUUGGUUUAUCCUAAUAGACUGUCCACUGGAACAUUUUACCUGCAUGACUGAAGCACUUGCUGACUCCACAUCUGGUCCAAAAAUAGCAGGAGAGUGUAUGAACUGUGCUAGUGAGAAAAUCACGUGUGGAUCCUGGCAAAUAACACCCUUUGUAAUCAAAAGUGAAGCUCAUCUUUUGAUUGUGUCAGAAAACUCCUGUUGCAUUUGGAGAUUGAUUUCAGAGCUUUUCCUGCAUUCGGUAAAGGUACACAUUUUAAGUCUCUGUCCUGUAUCCGCGGGGAGCGGCCGGCCUUUGGCGUGGGUUCUGCUGCUGUGCUCAGUAAGCGAGCUACGUGGUUUGAUCACAACUUAAUGUGAUGCUGAGUUUCUAUGACCGACAUUUUCAAAAAUGGGAAUUCCUUUAAGGCUUACUUUAUUCCUUAGCUGCUCCAACUGAACAAUUAUUGUAUUAUUUUUAUAGCUUGCUGUCCAUUGCAAAAUCAUACAAUAGACAACCCCUGUGGACGUGUGCUAAUACCUCCUUAACAUUAAUUCCAAGCCCUUUGUCUACAUUUUCCACAAUUAAUCAUUUUCUGUAUAAAUUGUAGCAUUUCCAUAUUCUUCAUCUUAGAACAGUCCUCUGCAAUUAAGUGAAUCCCAGUUUUAAAACUUAAAAAAGAAAAGUCUAUGGAUACUAUCAAAUUGUACUGUGAAGAAGUCAUCCUCCGAGAUGAAAGGUGGUUUCUAGGUGGUAGAAGCACCUCGCUACACGUGGGAUUCCGUGGUCCCAACAGUAGCAGCGCUAGAGCCUUCCGGUUGCGAGGGCCUGCAGAGGUCACGGCCUCGGCCUCUCACCGCGUCACCGUCCUCAGGACGGACGGUCCAUCCUGGGCGAAGGAGCCAGGCUCCGCAUCUCGGUGGCACGAGCCGUUGGGCCGGGGAGAGCACAGAUGAAAGCGCUGCUGCCUCUGACGCAGCUCCUAGCUCUGGAGAGAACCAAUGCCUUCUGUCUAGUGAGUAGCCGACCGGGGGCGCGCCAACGCGGGAAGGCAGAGGCGGGCCUCCUCCCUGUGUUCGAUCCCAGGCACGCGCUCACGGUCAUUUCACAAGUGAUCGUUCGGUUUGAGGAGUGUGAAUGCCCGGUAGCUAUCCCUGGUGCCUCCUCGGUCCGUGGUACUGUUAUUUAAGGUUCUGUAAGGAAACACAUUUUACAGAAAUCUCCCUCUGACCUCCUGAAACACAAGUCACAGCCGCCUGCAAUUUCGUCAGUUUUAUUUCUGCAGCCAAAGCAUCAGAAUGACUUGAGGGGGAGAUGGAGCUGGUCUCCGCGAAGCCCCCCUCCUCGUGGCGCCUGCUCACCCGCCGCCUGCAGCACGUGAGGCUCCACGGCAGCAGUUCUCAAUCCAGCAGUUUUGCCCUCCAGGGGACACCUGGGUUUUGGAGAUAUUUUUGGUUGCCCAACCGGCAGGGGACCGGGGCCGUGUCACUGGUGUCUAGCGGGCACAGGCCAGGGGGCCUGAAGGUCCCACGAUGUACAGGACAGUCCUUUGAGCGCCGCACUAUCUGGCGGAAACACCGGUGCAGCCCAGGCUGGGAACUGCUGGCCAGGGGGUUGCCGGCCGUGACUGCGAUGCCAGGCCAGCUCCUCACGCGCAGGCCCCGGGGCCGAUGCGGGCUAGGGGCGCAGGCUCCGUGGUGGGGCGCGGCAGACCGGUGUGCUGGGGUCCCGGAGGCAGCAGGCGGGGUGUUGCUGAAAUAGUCCCGAACUUCGAGGAGAUUGCAGCUACCCAAGAAAACCCUCGGGAAACCUGUGAUACUGACCCAAACGGAGGCUCGCAUUUCUGAACAAGUUUUCCUGUUCAGUUAGGCCUCAACCACUACAAACACGGAAACAGUUUUCUUAUUUAGGCCACUUUUACAUAUUCUGUAGUAGAGCGUACUACUUAACAUUGCAGAAAAACUGUAUUUUGACAUUUCUUUACCAAAAAGGCUGCUUAAAUGUUCAUUUAUCUAUAAUAAAUACGCUUGACAUUUUUCUUGCAUGAAUCGUUUUUGAUAAAAUCAAGACAACUGGAUAAAUAAGCAAACCUUGAAAUGCCACAAACAAUGCUGGUAGCUUGAUGAUAGGAGAUGGGAGAAAGCCAAUAAAACUCUUGGAAGAAAACAGGAGAAAUUCUUUACAACACUUGAGUUGGCAGUGAUUUCUUGGAUGUGACACAAAAGAGCACAGGUGACAAAAAACUGACAAACUGGAAUUAAUGAAAAUUUAAAGAUUUUGUGCAUCAGAAGACACUAUCCACAGGGUGAAAAGACAACCCACAGAGUGAGAGAAAAUAUUUACAAACCACAUGUCUGAUAGGAGGUUAGCAUCUGGAAUAAUUAGAUAACUCCUAAAACUUAACAAAAUAACCCAAACAGCUCAGUUGAGAAAUGAAAAAGGACCCGAACAGACGACAUCUCUCCAAAGAAGACGACAGGACACACAGCCAACAGGCACUGAGAGGAUGCUCAGCGUGACUCAUCAUCACGUAAAUGCAAAUCAAAACCGCAGGGAGGUGGCGGCUGUUAUCAGGGAACCAGUGCUGCUG